GCAUAUUCUAAGAGAACAUUCAAGGCAUAUUCUAGGGCUAGGGUUUUUGGAGCUCGCGAGCAAUGGGGGGCGAUCCAUCGCAUGGCGCGGCUUCUUCUUCGGGGCAUCAUCCACCGCAGGGGCACAAGGGAUGGCCGGAGCACUGGCCCAAGGAUUACUCGGGAUGGAACGACGACAUCUGGACACCAUUCGGCGGCCCCUACUGCAAUCCCAGGAAUUGGCGCCGCAACACCGCGCUCACGCUGCUAGGGAUCUUCCUGAUUUGCAUCCCAAUCGCCCGGCUCUCGGCGCGCCUCGAGCAACGCCCAGUGCCGCCGCAUUUCCCGAUUCCCUCGCAGCUCUGGUGCAAGAAUUUCGGGCCGCCGUUGGAUCAAGACGAGGAGGACGAGGACAGCAAGAUCAGGAUCUCGUAGAGCAGUGGUGGAAGCCAAUAAGUUUUUCCAUGUAGCCACGUGGACGGCUGAGAUUUGGAACUUCUCAAACGAAGAUGUUCAGUGCCCACGCGGGUCAAGAACUUUAGGGUUUCUGGAGCUUUCGAGAAUAUCCCGGAGCUCCUAAUCUACGCGAUGAAUCUCAAGCGCAAGGGGCCAGACGAUAGCGAUCCCAGCGCAGCUCUCUACGGGCUGCUCCCCAGCAAGAAGCUGCGACAGGAAUCGGAGGAUUUUUUGCCCGAUUUCUCCCGGAACGGGCCCGUUGCGAUCCCCGAGGUCUGUCCCGUAGAGAUCCCCAGCGAUACACCAGUGGACUCUACACCUAUUUCUUUGAUCGUUACAGAGCCCGAUGCUGAUGAGAGAGCUUUAGUCUUGUACAGGCCCAUGGAUCUUCCCGAUCGCUCCAAGCCUCGGCUUAGACAAGUGAAUGGAUCCUUUCCACGCCACUACAGAGAUUUCCAAGUCUCCGAUGCUGUGGAGUGGUUUUCUCCAUCCAAAUCGUUCAAGCACGAUUUCGCAUUGUCGAGUGGAAUGGGUAUGAACAACAGCUUGGCGGUGAUUCCCUACGUCGCGCCUCCAAGUUUCCGCGACGGUGGACGAGUGAUUAUCGAAGAUAUCACCGACCAAGUUCGCCAGGAGGAGGAAGACCAAGCGAAAGAACAAGCCAUGGCUAUGGAGGAAGAGGCGACGCCCAUGGACGAAGAGAUGGCGGAUGCUACAGUGGACGAAGCUACUCCCCAGUUCAUCGUCCAGCAGCCGUGCGAGGUUCCAUCGUGGCACCUGUUUGAUCCAAACUUUGCUACUCCAGUUAUGUGGUCUAGCGGAUCCUGAUUGGAAGUGUCACCUAGUUUUCUUUCUUCUUGAUAGAGCUAGCUAGCCGUAGGCGUUAAAAGUUUUAAAUCA